AUGCCAGCCCAAUACAUGCCACCACUAUUGGCGCCUACCUCCUCCACACCACCUAGAGAGACCACAUAUGGGAUAGAUGACAUGGAAUGGGUGGAGUCAAUCCUUGCACCCACACCACCUGUGACAGCAUCCCAAGGAAUCAGCAAUGACAAAAAGGGUAAUGCCCUCAGCACCAACGAUGAUAUAUCAUGGCCCUUGGACAUCAUGAGGCAACUCCCGACAGCCAGCCCAGACCCUAACAUUAUACCGCCAUUGGCCCGAGGGCUUUUCCCAUCAUCGGCAUCAGACACCUCAACCACCACGGACUCGACUAUGCCAUUGGCCUCGAACAAUCACCAACCAGCCUUUUCCAAUGCCAUGCAAGCAAUCCAUGAUGAUCAACAAUGCUUUCAUGGUGUCAAAGAGACCACCCAGGCCAUAGCACAGAUGUUUGGAACUGGGGUGUUCGACGUCCCAACACAGGCAGCCGAUACACAGGCAACCAGUGUUGGCCAAUGGACCCAGCAGACCUUCCAUGAUGCCUAUCAGAGAUGCUAUGGUGCCAUAGAAGCCCUAUACAGCAUCCAACAGGCAUUCAGGAAUGCCCAGGUCAUGUAUGGCACCCAGCCCCAGCAGAUCUUCAGAUACAUCCUCGAGAAUCUCGGGACAAUCUUCAACACUGCCAUGCAAACCACUGGUGAGGCCCCACAGUUGGAGGUGGACCUACCAUGGUCCCUACAGCAUGCCAUGCAGGCCAUCGACAACACGUCACAAAGUGUCACUGGAGCUCUGCCCACUCCAAUCCUACCCCCGUUGCGUCCGCGUCUAAACCAGACACCCUACAUGUCUGGUGAACAUAAUUGCCACUCCUGCGGACUCGGUUUUCAUAGCAAAAAUAGCCUCGAGAAACAUAAUGGCAAUGUGAGGCAUCACACGCGUCUACAAGAACUCAAUCCGGACACAGAGUUGCAUCCGCGUCAGGUUCUGUGCAACCAAUGUGGGCAUGCGUUCGCAGAUGCAUAUUCACUUUCGAGACACAAAAAGAAGCACCACGCGGAAUCCGCAUGA